AUGGCCGCCCCCAAUAAUACUCUAGUCAAGAAUUUCGGGUGGCAAGAUAUUACUGUCACAGUUAAAGACCACAAGACGAAGCAGCCAAAGGCCCUCUUAUAUAGUGUUAGUAGAAUUGUUAAGGCUAGCGAAUUGUGUGCUUUGAUAGGACCAUUAGGAUACGGUAAAACCACUCUAUUAAACGUGCUUGCCUAUCGUGAUGCUACCGCAGGAGCUAAGGUUGCUGGCGUAGCUCUUGUCAAUAGUAUUAGUCGAUCUCGAGAAGCUUUCUGUCAGAUCAGCUCCUAUGUAGAGCAAGAGGACGCCCUUAUCGGCUCCUUAACAGUACAGGAGACUUUAAGCUUCGCCGCAAGAUUAUCCAACGCAUCAAGUCUAUCUAAACUAGAGCGCAUGAAUCUUAUUACUGGUCUACUUGACUCAACCCCUAUUCGAAAGGGCAUUAGUAGAGGCCAAAAACGUCGUGUUAGUGUCGCUAGUCAAUUGAUCACAGGCCCGAAGCUGUUGUUCCUCGACGAACCUAUAAGCGGACUUGAUUCUACAGCUAGUUUAGAGAUGUUCGACAAGGUGCUUUUACUUUCUGUAGGAAAGCCUUACUAUUUCGGUUCUGUUCCUAAAAUAGCGCCCUUCUUUAAAGGCAUAGGUCAUCUAAUUCCUCCUUACACGAACCUAGCCGAGUUUGUACUUAAGUUGAUGAAUGUCGACUUUUCACAAGAUCAAGAGGCUGCGAUAAAACAACUAGGCAGUAUACAAGAAUCGUGGGCUACUUCUGCUAUAGCGGAGUCAAUUACUACAGAGAUCAAGAAUACUAACCAGAGAUCCUCUAGUGACAAGGUGCCUAAGUCUAAAGCCGCAGGAGCAGGAGUUUUCCUUCUCAUUAUAGCCCUUAUUCACCGCGCCUUCAUCAAGAGUUACAGAGAUGUCGUCGCGUAUGCUAUUCGAGUGAUAAUGUACCUAGGAUUAGCUAUCAUGAUAGGGACAGUCUGGCUCAGACUCGGAUCUAUAGUCGCCUAUGUUCCUGCCUUCUUAGAAGACCGCGCUGCCUUUGCCAAGGAACGGGCAAACGGACUAUAUGGCGCCGCACCCUUUGUCCUCUCGAACUUCAUUAUCGGUCUUCCCUACCUGUUUAUUAUCGCUGUCCUCUUCUCUGUUAUCAUGUGGCUGUUCCUCGAUCUAGUAGCAGCCGAAUCUCUAGUUGUCCUUAUUUCAUCAUUGUUCCCUAAUUUUGUCGUUACACUUAUAAGCGUAGGAGGCUUUCUUGUACCACCUAACAUUCUUAACGUUUUCUGGUACUACGUAUUCUCGUACAUUGACUACCAGGUUGGUCUUAAGGGCACCUGGGUUGGCAUCCUGAUUGGCAUUAUUGCUGGAUAUAGACUUCUCGGAUGGGCUGUGCUUGUAGUUCGGAAGUAG